AUGAGUCUCCGUACUGCAGCUACCAGACUUCCUCGCUCGACGAUGCGUGUCGCAGUGAUGCCAAAGAGGAGCGUCGGCGGAACGAGCACGCCUCCGCAUAACAAGAGGUCGAAGGACCUUCCGUGGAUUGUCGGUGGAGUCGCUGUACUCGUUCCCACCGUUUACUACUUUGUUGGAAGCUCUGCCCUCAAGCACGGCGAGAACAUUUCCAAUGACGCCAAAGCCGUCCCCGUCGCUGAAAAGGUUGGACUCUCAGGACAACCAGGUGGCAAAGAAGAUAUGCCUGCUGGCGGACCGAGCAAUCAAGAUGUGCAAGCUACCCUCGCACGCGAAAUGAGAGCUGAUGCGCCCAAGACUGCCUACCAUGCCGAGGAAGAGGCAGCAAAGAAGAGGCAACCAGCCGGAGGUCCGAGCCAUGACGAACUGGAGGCUACCAUCGAGCGUGAACUGAGGACCGACGCGCCAAAGACGGCGUAUUACGCCGAAGAGGAGGCCGCGAAGAAGAAGCAACCUGCUGGAGGUCCGUCUGGCGAUGACGUACAGGCAUCUAUCCAGAGAGGUCUGCGAGCCGACGCUCCAAAGACGGCUUAUCAGGCUGAGGAAGAGAGUGCACGGAAAAAGCAGCGCAUCUGA